AUGAGUAACAAUAUUGAAGUAAGUGAACAUACUUUAGCAAAGGAGGAGAAUGCUAGGAAGAAAUUAUUGGAGGAAAGACGUAAAAGGCUUUCUAAAUGGAAGUUACGUAAACAACAAAACGAUGCAGCGAAACAGAUGCAAAGUACCACUUCUACUAAUGUUCAAGUUGAAAAUACUAACAAACUUAAUACCAGUAAUAAUUCUUUAACAGAUGCGGGUGGUUAUUCCGCCAAUAUUAACAAGAAUAAUAAUACUGAUAGCAAGAGCUCAGGCAGAUUUAGUCAAAAAUUGAGCAGUGGCUCGACAACAGCUCCAUCGAAGGAGUCCACAAAAAAAAAGGGUAAAAAAUUAACAUUCGAACAAGCUGAUGAGGACACGGAAGAAGGGACCAAUCCUACUAAUAUCAAGGAAAAUACUAUAAUGGAUUUGACUUAUGGCGUAACCAAUGGUACGAGAGACAACACUGAUAAUUCCAAUGAUCCUUUAGAUGUUUUUAUGGAUGAUUUAAAUAAAAAUAUUGAAGCAGAGGAGAAAAAAAUGAAUUCCAGAAAAAGAAGGAGUAGUUUUGACCAAUUUAUACCAAACUUCAACGAUGAGGCAGGUUUACUAUCCGACGAUUCUUAUUCCAUAGCGUUGCCAGUUGACAAUGAGGGUGAAGAUUCAAAUUCUGAAUUAAAAUUAAAACAGAAACAAAGAAAGAAAAAAAGGAAAAGUAAGCGCAUUAAAAGACUAAACACUAAUUUUUCAGACUUGAUUCCCUUUACUAAAAAUUUUUACAUGGAACCUGAAGAGUUGGGUAAAUUAAGCGAUGAGGAAGUCUCUAAUUUGAGAUUUUCUUUAGAUAAUAUUCAAGUUCACGGUUCAGGAGUAAUACCCAAACCGAUUGUGAAAUGGUCACAUUUGGGAUUAAGUUCAGAAAUUAUGGAUACUAUUAUUAACAAAUUGAAAUUUAUUCAGCCCACCCCAAUCCAAGCGCAAGCAAUACCAUGUAUCAUGAGUGGGAGGGACGUGUUGGGUGUGUCCAAAACAGGAUCUGGAAAAACAAUUUCAUUUUUGUUACCUUUAUUAAGGCAGAUUGAGCAGCAGCCGCCAUUAUUGCCACCACUGGAAACUGGCCCUCUAGGGUUGAUAUUAUCGCCAACAAGGGAACUAGCUGCUCAAAUUUUUGAGGAGGCACAAAUUUUUUUAGAACAUAGCGUUAGUACUAGGGGGGGAAAUAAAAUCAGAUGUUUGAAUUGUACUGGUGGCACCGAAUUGAAAGACCAAAUUAAACAAAUUAAAAGGGGGGUUGAAAUAAUUGUUGCUACUCCUGGGAGAUUUAUAGAUUUAUGUACAUUAAAUUCGGGGAAACUACUAAGAACAGAUCGUAUUACGAUGGUUAUCCUGGACGAAGCUGAUAGGUUGUUUGAUAUGGGAUUUGGGCCGCAGGUUAAAAAUAUUAUGAGAGGUAUCAGGAAAGAUAGACAAUGUGUAUUAUUUAGUGCCACGUUCCCUGAAAGCUUGAAGAAUUUUACUCGAAUGUUUUUGAACGAUCCCAUCUCUAUAACGAUUAGCUCUAAGGAUUUGAUUAAUGAAAAUAUUGAACAAAGAUGUACCGUGGUUGCUGACGAAUUUGAAAAAUUUCAUGUUUUAAGGAAUGUUUUGCUAGAAAGUUAUGAUUCCACUACCAUAAACGAGGACGUUAACAACGGCAAAAAAAUUAUCAUAUUUGUUGUUUCUCAAGACAAUUGUGAUUUGCUGUAUAAUAAUCUAAAAAAUCCAAAAAGGAAUUUCCCUCAAAUAUUGCCCAAAAGUUUGACUGAUAAUAUUUAUGCAAUCCAUGCAGGAAAACAAUCUACUGAGAGACAACUGAAUUUGAUGAAAUUUAAGAAGCCUGGUGAAUUUAGUGUAUUGAUAUGUACUGAAAUUUUAAGUCGUGGACUAAAUGUACCAGAGGUUGGACUGGUUGUUAUAUAUGACGCAGUCAAAGCAUUCCCACAAUAUGUGCACACUACGGGAAGAACAGCAAGAUCUGCAGACAAGAGAGGUGUAGCACACACUUUUUUGUUAAAUAACGAGUGUGAUAUAAGAGCAAGUUAUAUCUUACAGAAAUCAAUGAGAGAAACUGAGUUAGCACAAAUGGAACCAGAACAUUUAAAAAAUUUGAACAGUAUGGCCGAUGAAUUUUCUGUUGGAUUGAAAAAUGGUAAAUAUAGGUUGUUGGAGGGAUUUGGCGGUAAAGGCUUGGAGCAUAUGGAAGAAUUAUUUAAACGUAAUAAAAGCGGGUAUCUGGGUGGUAACGAUACUUUGUUACUGUUAUCCGACAACGAUGAAGAUGAAGAUGAUCCAGAAUUAGAACAGCAAAGGCUAGAAUAUGAAAUAACUAAAGUAUAUGAAGAGGAACAAAACCCAAACCAUGUUACAGUUGUUGCUUCCAGCAACGCUCAUGCUAAUGUUCUUAAUGACAACAAGAUGAAUAAUAAUGUUAUAAGCUAUAGAGCUAAAGUCCAAAUUAACGAUUUACCGCAACUAGCUCGGUGGGAAAUGACCAAAAAUGAAACGUUAUUGGAAAUAAAAAGAGAAACUGGUUGUAGUAUUACAACUAAGGGGAGAUUUUAUAAAACAAGCGAAUCAUUAUUAAAAAAAAACAAGGUGGUUGACGAGCCCAGAUUAUAUUUGUUACUGGAAAACAAAGUGAAGGACGAUUUAGAAUUGGCGAUUCAGAUUUUACAAGAUAAAUUACAUAAGGGGUUGAUUAAACAUGAAACACAGGAAACUCAUAAAUUCGGAUUAUAA